GUGGACGACCCAAGGUAUUCGCCGGAACACACUGAGGCUGCCUUAGAGGUGCUGCUACAGUUGUGCAGAGAUCCACAGUUUGUCGCGGAGUUAUAUCUCAACUAUGACUCAUCCUUGUUCUGUUCCAAUCUGCUGGAGAAACUGGUCAAGUUUCUGUCUGAGCACACGUUCCCAUCCUCCGGGCAGUUGCUGUCCACCCAUUCACUCGCCCUGGACGUGCUGAUGGAAACCGUGGCACCACUAGAAGCACGCAGAGCACGUUCGCUGAAGGGAGGCACCUCAGUGCACAACAACAGCAGCACACGCCCUCACGGCAGUGCACAUGUCAUGCACAGGAACAGUUCCUUGUCGUCCCUGUGCGAUCUGGCGGGUGGGGUGAAUCCCGCUUUAACGCAGGGCGAAAGCGGGACGGGCAAUCUGUUCCUGAUGGCCCAGUCGAUGAGACAUUCCAAAUCGUGGAACUCCUUGGGUGCGCAUGAGGGACCAGUAGAUGACAUCCCAAACGCAGCGACUUUGCGUCGACUGAGAGUCUCCAAGAAAUUACUGUUCGACUCGGCAGCUCUGUUCAAUAAGAAGCCCAAGACCGGCAUCGCCUUUUUACAUGUAUGUGUGUGCAAGGAUCAUGCAAAGUUAGUACAAUACUGUAUAGAGAAAUGA